GCCACACAGAGUCCUGGAGUCUCCAGAGUACCCUCCUCUAUCUGACCAUCAUAAAGGCCUCAGCCAAGAUAAGGGAAUCCCCCUCUGUUUCCAAAACGCCAUGGAAACACUAAGAGACAUCAGGCAAGCCUACCGGGACGCAGGGAGGGGAAGCAGAGGAGGAUUGUCUUUGCCAAGCCUGGGCGACAGCAGCAGACGCUGGAGCCAUCUGGACCCUGCUCCCUCACCUGGUUUGCUGAGUACCAGGACCUCUUGUAUGCCAGUAGCCCCUAAACACAGGCAGAGUGUGGUUACUGCAUCCCCAUCCUCCUCUAGCCUGCUUUCUGUGGCUGAGCCCAGCCAGCUCAGCCAAUCAGCACCCAUCAUCAUGGAACCCCUGCUGUGUUCAAACACUAUGAUCCAGGCCAGAGCACACAUUCAGAUACGACUGGGUUCUCAAGACACUGUAAAUGAACAAAAGUUGUUGCAGGGUCCCUUACCGUCUUUGCAUCCCAGAACACCCAAGAUGUUGGCACCACUAGACAACCGGCCCAGGGAAAUUGCGGCUCUGCCGGCACUAAAGCACCACAUUCCCCUGAAGCCUAUCAGCCGGAGCCCCCUUUGCUCCAGGACCUGGCUGAGGAGAGAAAGGCUGUCCUGGGACAGCCCAUGCACUGGCCCUCUGACCAUUAAAGGGGGUAGUGAGGAGAGUGGGUCCAGCAGUAGUCAGAGUUCCAUCGACCUGGAGGACGAGGAAGAUGAGAGGGAUAUAUGUGGCAGAGCUUCAGGAGAAAGACAUCUGAAGUUUGUUGGAGAGAGAUUGUUGCAGCAUUCCAACGGCGUGAGCUCGACCGAGGCUAAUUUUGUUGAGGAGCAUUUUAAAGUUCAGUCAAGGUUCAGUCAUAUUCCACAGAUCCACAGAUCAGCAGAUGACUUUGAUGGAGAUGCUAUCAAUCACACAACAGAUCUUCUCUGCACAAAAAAAGCUAUAAACUCUCAAUGUGAAGGCAAAGCCAAUAUGAAGUAUACAAAGGAGCCUGUUGAUUGUCAGUCCUUUAUAAAAUGUAACACCGUGCACAAUGAAAUACCUAUCACAUCAAAGUCGAAGGACGAGAAGAAUGAUGUGGGUUGCACCCCAGAGCCUGGAACUGAGAUUAGCCAUGGGGUAACAUUUAAUAUGAAUAAAGACCAUGGUAAUGUUAUUUCAUAUUCUAAAGGGACUUAUAGAAAUGACAUGCAGCAUAUAGAACAGACAGAAAAAACAAUGAAGGAUUCCUCUUAUGAAGAAACCUGGGUAUAUAACCCAAUCCUUCGUAGGGAGGAUGUUAAGUUAACUACUAGCACUACUGAGGAGAAAAUAUUAUUAUUCACUCCAGCUGUAAACCUUCCACAGUCAGAUAUGGAUCCCAAGAGAAAUGAGAGGAUGUUGAAAGCCUUAAAGCCUGUCGGGAACAAGGAGAGGAGAAAUAGCACGAAAUGUGAACUGAGAGCAAAAAUUCAAACGAGCCAGCAGUCCUUCAACGUGCUAGCACACAAAGAGCGAAGCAUCCUAAAUCGGAACAAGUCCAAAAGCAAUCUGAAAUACUCAUCCCUUUCUACACAAGUUAAAGAUAAAACCAGGAAAAGCCCCGAGCUAAUAAUUAGCGGAGAGACAGUCAUAAAAGUGAAGUCAAAGCCAAAAGGUGCUCAUUGUAACACUGGCACCACAUCACCACGGAAAAAGCUUAAUGAUCAGGGCAAAAGAGCAAAUCCUGAAAAGAUGAACAGCAAUAGAGCUCAACAACAUCCACCAGCGAGGGAGCUGAAGAGCAUCCGUAAGUUGAAGAGACCCGGUCUAGCAGGGACACCCAGGUCUAAAUCUGCCGUGGACUUCAUCACCUACAAAGACAUGUUUCAGCAGAUACAGAGUGGGGAUGAAGGACCGGCAAUCUACGAGAUGUUUGCUGGUCCGAUCUAUGAUAACCUUCGAGUUACCAGCUCCUGUGAGAAAGUUAAGGACAGACAAGUGCAGUCUGCUCCGCCUAAGAAGACUCAACAGUGCCAUAAAGUCAAACACAGACCAUUGAAACAAGCACAAAAGAGAAGUCCAGGGGAGAGCAUCGUGAUUUCAGCUAAAAGCAAACCUAAACAUGAGUCCUCUAGGGGGAAACCUCCCCUCACACCUGUACCAAGGAAAGGCACACAAAAAAUGAUGGAUACGCCAAAUUCAGAUAGGUGCAAAGCAGCUGAGCCCUCUAAGGAUGUUGAUAUUUGUCAGAGUAGCGCUCAAGAAACUGUUUUAUCUACCAUAGAGGAGGCUCUUUCUAGAUAUGGGUCUGAAACAAUUAAAUCUGAUGACAAAACAUUGACUCACCCCCAAAUGCGAGAAAAAGGAAAUCCAAACCGACCACUUCCUGAACACGUGUUAUCUCAAAGCCCCCAACAGUCAAUGAUCAAAACCUGGACGUCUUCCAGCAGCAGCAGCAGCCACACAUUCAUGUCACCAGUUUACCAGAAGUUUCUGGAUGAAGUGGGGGACGGGCCGCUUACAGAUGACCUGCUGCAAUGUCUGGCCGAGGAGCUGAUCUCAUUGGACGAGAGGGAUGUAUCCAUAGGACCUGAAGACCUGGAGUCUGAAUUCGAUCCUGUAUCAGGAAGAAAUUCAUUUCCUGAGGUUAUUUCAACAGACAGUGCUGCUCUGCUUGGCUCUGUGUUGGUUGUAGAUGAGGCCCUUACAUGGAAAAAAGGUGAAGUUCUCGGCAGAGGAGCCUAUGGGACAGUUUACUGUGGCCUGACCAGCCAGGGCCAGCUGAUAGCUGUGAAGCAGGUGGGCCUGGAUGCCUCUGACCCCGAUGCUGCUAGGAGGGAGUACAGUCGUCUGCAGGGGGAAGUGGAGCUGCUUAAAACCCUUAGACACACCAACAUCGUGGGCUUCCUGGAGACCUCACUUUAUCAGCAUGUGGUUUCCAUCUUUAUGGAAUACAUCCCAGGAGGAUCCAUCGCCAGCAUCCUUCACAGGUUUGGUCCACUGCCAGAGCGUGUCCUGGCUCUUUACACCCAUCAGAUCCUGGAAGGGGUGGCCUACCUUCACCUGAACAGGGUGAUUCAUCGUGACUUGAAGGGAAACAACGUCAUGCUGAUGCCUACUGGAGUCAUCAAGCUCAUAGACUUUGGCUGUGCGCGUCGUCUCAGCUGCCUGAACCACACUGCUAGCAACAGUGGAGAUCUGCUCAAGUCUGUCCACGGCACACCCUACUGGAUGGCACCAGAGGUUAUUAAUGAGACAGGAUAUGGCAGGAAGUCCGAUAUAUGGAGUGUGGGUUGCACAGUGUUUGAGAUGGCCACAGGGAAACCACCACUGGCCCACAUGGACAAGAUGGCUGCCUUGUUCUACAUUGGGGCUCAAAGAGGGUCGAUGCCCUCCUUACCAGAUGGGUUUUCGGAUAACGCCAAGGAUUUUGUACAAACCAGCUUGACAAGUGACCAGAAACUACGGCCUUCUGCAGACCAGCUGCUGAAGCAUUCAUUCAUCCCCCAAAGUGAGACUGGAGCAAACUCUUGGGAGACGCAGAAAAAGAGCUGCUGUGGUCACCCAGAGGGACUGUGUGGUUAACAAGUUACACUAAGAGAAUGUUUGAGUUCAAAGAGACAUUUUAAUGAUUUAAUUCAGAUUGAUAACUCAAAGUAUUCUUUUGUGACCCUUUGAGGACCUGUCACCUGUCCCCUGUCCCCAGUGAUGUAAUAGUAGCAAGUUUGGGAGCAUGGCCUUGUGUCCCAGACCUUUCUGGAGACUACAACACAAGGAGAAGAAACUGUAGUCAUUGCAUUGUUAAGCUAAAGUUUAAGAAACUACAUGAAAAGCACUUUCAUACAUUUAACUUUAGCCUAAUAGAAGCUAUAAAAUGUGAAUAGAUAGAAGGCAGAGUUUCUGUUACUGAUUUUGGAUAUUUUCUAUAGAAAUCUCAAAUGUGCCAAUCUUAUGUGUUAAUGUAACAUGUAUAGAGUGUAACUUUAGGUCUCUGCUUUGUCAUACGUGUAGUUUCUCAUAAAAUGUGUCUAAUCCAUAUUGCAACAUCAAUUAUAUAACCUAUUUUUCCAUGCCGAGAAUGUGAAUUACUUCAAGUUAGCCGUGUGUGAAAUACACGUGUAAAAUUGUGCACAUGCCACAAAUUAGAACUUACUUUCAUUACUAGAAACAACUACAUGCAUGUCUCCUCAUAUUCAAAUCAGCAAGUUUCUUUCCUCUUAGACUAGUAACAUGGAUAUAAGCAUAAUAAAUGACAGCGACAACCAGGGUUUAUAUUGUGUCAGGGUAAUGGCAACUUUGAUGUUUAUUCAUAAUAUUGAAAUGAAAAAAAAGAAUGUAAAGAGGGGGUUAUGCUUCUUUGUCAACAGCUGCUUUUGCUCUGUGUGCGCAGCUAUAAAUCCCUCAUGAGGGUACAAACAAUUGAGCCUCAAGUAUUUUUGCACUCUUUAAAUAAACGAGUAACCCAGUCAAGAACAGAGGGGACGGUCAUGUCAAAAUUUGAGAACAAUACAGAGUUUAAUGUAUGAAACUGAUGUGAAAACACGUUUUCGGACAG